AUGCAAGAAAUCGAAACACACCACUGGAAGAGCCCCCAGCUGGGACAUAUCGCAGGCGAUAUUGCAGCAGCAGCUCUCUCGGCAAGUCUCGUCACGCCCGCUGUCGCGAUUAUCGACAGAUCACUCGUCGAGCAAGCUGCAUUCAAACAGCCCAUUCUCCGCGGACUACGUCGGCAUGCAGUCGGGGCACUCCGACAACCGGGGCUGUUCAUCGCUUCAAAGCCCAUGGCUCUGGUAUGGGCCAUGUACGGGGCAACGUAUUCCGUGGCAAACAUGACCGAUACUAUCAGUCGCAAGCUAGAGAUAGCCGCGGCGGGUACAGUGACGUUUGCCACUACAAUACUGGCGAAUGUGCCGUUAGCGCUGUGGAAGGACAUGUCCUUUGCGCAGGCAUACGGCACCGGCAGGGGGCCCGAUGCCAAGACUGCGCACGUCCCCGUCCCCGUGCUCAACAGGUCGAUGGCCCGUGCGGCCGCUGCGAUCUUCCUCGUGCGCGACGGCGUGACGAUCUUCGGCUCCUUCACUUUAGCGCCCUAUUUGUCGGAUGCCAUCCCCGACAGCUGGGCGACGCAUCCCCAUGCGAAGCCGAUCAUUACACAGUUAACCGUCCCUGUGUUGACUCAGCUGGUAGCUACCCCGCUACACCUUCUGGCGUUGGAUAUGUACACUCGCCAGUAUAGGAUUCCCUUUGUGGACAGACUGAAGCAUUCACAGCAAUAUGUUGUGUCGUCAACUUUGUUACGCGGUGUUCGCAUCAUCCCUGCUUUUGGAAUUGGCUGCCUGGCAAAUAUAGAGUUACGAGCUGCUUUCCAUGAGAAAUUUUCAUAA